AUGUCCAACGCGGCUUCCUCUAGCAGUCUUGCCCUAUUGGUUUCCGACUUUCAAGCGUUAGCGUCUGAGACCAAGCGCAAACAUGCUGACGUCAGGGAGGUGAACACCACUCCCAGUACCAGCUCAAAGUUUUCUAUCGCCCUCAACCUGCUCAGAUCAACCCCCGAUCAAGUUUUGGCUUCAUUUCGCAAGAAAACUACCCCUCCCUCUACCUAUGUUGAAGACAUUAUCAAACCCAUAUUCAUGGGAUGUGGGACCAAGAAUGUCAAGGUUGUGGCAAUUGCGCUUGGUAGUCUCCAACGCUUGAUCAGUAUGGACGUCAUGCCACCCGUGAAUAAAUGGACUUAUCUCAAGAGCUUCAAGAUACCACAAAUCGUUGCGAUUCUGACUUCAGUGUUGCCUCUGGGGGUUGAAAUCCAACUACGAAUCUUGCAAACCUUGCCUUCGCUCUUCACUCGAUGUUCUCUUUAUCUUCACGAUACUCUUCUGGCGGAUGCGCUUCUAUUGUGCUUUCGACUUCAAGACUCUCGAAUCGGAGUAGUCAGUUCGACUUCGGCAGCGACUUUACGACAGCUAGUGAUGGUAGUUUUUGAAGGCGUAGCAGAAGAAGAUCAAGCUGUGCGGGUGGCUUCUACCGCUGGUUCUCAGCUUGAUCCAAUUCGAGAAGAAACAAACUUUUCCGUUAUCAUCCCGACGUCCGAACGAUCCAAUACGGGUGAUCCGACCGAAGCUGCUGAGGAGCGGAAGAUAGUCCUUCGUCCUAGUGCCAAAGAUGCUUACCUGGUGUUCGAAGACCUAUGUCUUUUAGUCAAUGGCGAUUCUCCCUCUUUUCUCAAGCUACAGAGUCUUCCUAAGACCUUUGGACUCGAGCUCAUUGAGAGCGUCAUGACUGGACAUAGUCACCUCUUUCAGCAACAUCCUGAACUCAUCUUUGUGUUGCGCGCUCAAUUGUGCCCUCUCCUUAUCCGAGCAAUGAGUGAAAAGCCCGUCUUUGCGCUCACUUUGCGCCUCAUGCGUGUCGCGUUUUUACUAUUGAAACAGUUUUGUGACGAGCUUGUAGUAGAGUCUGAAGUGUUUCUUUCUUUGCUUAUCAAGACGGUGGCAAUUGAUCAUACCGACGGCCACACUGAUCCUGGACCUCUAUGGAUGAGAGUUCUGGCUCUCGAAAUAUUCCGGGGUCUUUGCGCAGACUUUGCUCUUUUGAUUCGAAUCUAUGAACGAUACGACUUGGACCACUCGGAUCGGACUUCUGGGAUCUUCACAUCAAUGAUGAGUACUCUCAAUCGCCUAGCUUCAGAGCGACCAACUCUUCUUGGAAUCAACAAUGAUAUCACAAGCGGUCCUUCAUUUGCGCAUCAAUCUUCACCUGGCGCAAAUGUAGGAGUACAGGGAAUGAUCGAUGGCGUGGUAGGUAUGGCCACACAAGCAGCAGCACCUCUCGUGGGAGCACAACAACAAGGUGGUCUGACACUUCCAACAGCUACCAUGAAGUUACAAUGUAUAGAUCAGCUGGACAAAGCAGAGGCUCCACCGAUUCCCGAGACCUACGUCUAUCUGCUCUCUUUGCAAUGCCUAAGUAACGUCGCGGAAGGUUUUGCCGGACACUCCCUAUCCCGGUAUGAAGAGAUACGCAGACAGGGACCUUCACAGUCUCCCGAUGGAAUGCUUUCUGCUCCUACGGCUCUCAAUCUUGAUAACUUGGCGUCGCAGCCUGUAACGGACAAACUGCGAAUCAUCAGGAACAUGGCAGAUGCAAGCUGGCCAGCCUUACUCGCUUCUCUCAGCUUCUUCGUGGCCACGAAUCUUGAUGACGACCUAUUCUCGGAGACGCUAUCCUCAAUGCAAAGUUUCACAUAUGCAUGUGGCGUCCUGAACUUACCUACGCCUCGAGACGCUUUCCUGCUCACCUUCUGCAAGUUUGCAGUCCCCCCAGCAAUUGUGGCUAAUGUCGCAGCUGAAAGUUCCGGUAGCACUGCCAUGAAACCAUCGCAAAGCGUGCUCAAUGUCGACAAUUUGGGACUUGGGACGACUUCAGCUCCGACUUCGCUUAGUACUCGGAGCUUCGCAUUCCUUAGAACGGUUUUGUCUGUAGCGCAAUACUUGGCAGGAAGUCUUGAUACCACCUGGUACACUGUCUUCGAUACAUUGCAGAAUGCCGAGUUUGUGUUGAGUUCAAAGUCUAAAAAGCGUCCCGUAAGCACGAUGUCGUCUUCAACACAGCCAUCGGUAUUGUCUAGCGCGGAAACAGAUGAAACUGGCAUUCAGAAUAGUAUUCAGAGACUUUUUGAGUGCUCUCGAUCGUUGGAGGCUGCUGCCUUUACAAGCUUUAUAGCUUCACUAUGCCGACUGAGCUCCGAGAUGGCAGGGCUUAUCUCGGACGAAGAGCAAAGUAAUCCAGUCGAAUUACCCAAGACUCCCACUUCCAUCAGAAGGCGUGCUAGUGGAAUGAAUUCCUCACGUGUAUUUCGCCCAAAUGAUAGAUCCUUUUGCGUCACGAAGCUGGGCGCAGUUGCUCUUCUCAACAUCAGUCGCAUCAUAAACGUGGACUCAGAACUGGGAUGGACGCCAAUUACGUCCCACCUACUGGCAGUUAUGCGGUUCCAUGAAGCACCGAGCAAUAUCCGCUUGCAAGCAGCAGAUGCUCUAGAUCAGAUCUUACUGUCUGCGCCGAAACAUAUUUCAGAUGCUGAUGAAUCAAAUCAGCGGCGAGUCCAAAACCAAAUCAUCGAAACCCUCUCUCGGCAAACGGAUCCCGAAUCCAGGCCACAGAAUUCAACUGAUUUAGAAGUUCGCAAGUCAGGUUUUGAUACGCUGUUCAAGAUCUUGGAAAACAACGGACAUUCUUUCAUCGCCGGAUGGCUGAGCAUCUUGGAUGUUCUGUGUACUGCUUGUCCUUCACCACUCGCUUAUGAGCCCAGCUACCUUUCGGUGACCCCGUCCAAGAAGUCCACAUCAAAGACCUCCACAUCAAAGACCUCCACGUUGAUUCGAGCUAGUUUCCCCUCGCUGCAACUCAUAUGUACUGAUUUCCUAACAGCACUCGAACUUGAAGAGCUCCGCCAGUGCAUCAAUGUUUUGGCGGAGUUUGGUAGGCAGACAGAAGACAUCAAUAUUGCCCUUACAGCUGGAGGACUUUUGUGGCAGGUCUCUGAUCACGUUCAAGGGAAGAACAAAGCCACCAGCUCGGAUGAUCAUCGUUACGUGGAAUUAUGGAUGUAUCUUUUAUCCAAGCUUUUGGAACUGAGUGAUGCGUCACGACAAGAAGUCAGAGAUGGGGCGAUCCAAACGCUGUUUCGCACCAUUGGUUUAUACGGUACCCUUUUGUCGGAAGCUGUCUGGUACGAACUUCUGUGGGAGGUUGUGUUUCCCCUUAUCGAUCUCCUCUCAAAGUCCAUCAGUUGCACUACCCCUGGGAUAGAAGAGCAAUCAACAAACGAUACAAAUUCUCAAUCUAUGCGGCAGCCAAACGGCGCCUCCCUCGCGCUCUCUGCCAAACAGCUGGAUGACUCGAAAAUAUUGGUUUUGGAGUCUACUGGCAAAGUUCUGUUCGACCACAUGUCUUCUCAUAUCAUCAAGACGCCCAAAUUCCACGAGACAUGGAGUACUCUUAUUCAACACUUGCACCAAAGUUUCAUUCGCGAUCGGCCGGCCGUUGGUACUGUGGCGAUGAGGACGAUGGCAACGAUUUUGAGUGCUGAUCUCAGUAACUGCAAUGAUGAAGAGGCGAUCAAGGCGGCUUGGGAGUAUGCUUGGGAUUCCGUUGUGCAGAUGGGCAAGACUAUCUCGACCAAGCACGAUCAACAAAGCUUCUCGGGUAUCUACUUCACACAAGUUGCCCUAGAAGCAUAUGUCAAAGUCAUGCGACCUCUACAAACUGCUGCGCGAUUGAAAAUGGAUUUGGAGCGGGUUGCGACGUUACUUAACAUCUGCAAGUCUGUCGUCACUUAUACUCAUAGUCCCGACUACCGCCCGGAUGUGGAUACCUUGCCACCCUUACAAUCAGCUGUAAUGUCGACUCUUGACGAAGUUCGGCUUGAGACUCCCGGAGUUCCUUCAGCACUCAUCACACUGCUUUCCGACCUAAGUACUUUGGCAUUCACUUCUUCAUUUGAUGCUCACGAUCCUUCGUCCAACCGUCCCACCUCUACACAUGUUUCCUACGUUGCCAUAUGUAAGGCAGCCCAGCCGAGGCUCGUUGGACUACACGCAAAGUUCAACUCUUUACCAGACAUCUACAACACUAAGGCCACCUCUCAGCUGUUUCUCUCAUUCUCGGUGGCGAUGAAAUCCAAAUACAAAUGCCCACCUUCUUACAAACAUGGCAAAGCACCACCGCUCUGGAAGACGGCAACCACCUCUUUUCUGACCAUUGUACGAAACUGUUUACCGAACCUUUUGCACAUUGAAAAAAGUGUUGAACCGACAGCAUUCGGAAACGUGUGGGCUCAACUAAUUGAAACGUUCUCCGCAGGCUUGCUAGCUGAUUGUGAAUUUUCCCAGUCCUUAGAAUUGGACCAGCAACGUGCCGAAGAGAACUUUGAUCUUGCACUUAUUGCGAUGACUUUCAAAGCCUCACUGGAAGUAGAUAUAUUGCCCCAUCUAGGUGGACCUGGCAUCCCAGACAAGACAAUCCAAUCACUCGCUAAUGCUCUACAAGAAGCUUCACGACUGCACGAUUUAUCUUCAUUGGCCUCGCCCUCGACACUCUCAACAUCCUCGCUGCUUGGUGAAGCCAUCAAUUCACAUGAACACACCCCUCGGAAAGAAACACGUUUUAUCUCUGACUUCGGCUUCCAAAUAAACGAUGAAGUUUUUGGCACGUCUGCUGAAGCAGUAGCCCGACCACGUGAGCGGUUUGCUUACUGGUGCUUUGAUUUGUUAUUUGUAUAUUGUCGUCGGGUUGAGAAGUGCGACAAAGAACUCGAACGAAGACGAGUAGCCGCGCUUUGUUUCCCCGCUUUGUUGGAUCGAUGUUCCGCUGCCAUCAAGACAUACGUCGCGGAUGCGGGCCUCCGAGGCCGUGUGCCAUUUUCAAGGAUUCGCGACGAAGAGAUUGUGUACAUCUUACAACAGUUACUUCGUAUAUCUCCCUAUGAAGGCUCUUUGGCUGCAUCCAUGUCACCAGGUCCAGCUUCAAUGCUCCCGGACAUUGACCCAUCGUUAGACCCCGAGACCAUGCUUAAAUGUCUAUUGACCCGCGGUCCCGAUGCCCAUCUCUUGUAUCUGCAACCUCUGUUCCUUGAUCUCCUUUCGCUCGAAGCAUCCUCCCCAUGGAGCGGCCAGAGGUACUCGGCAUUUCCCGAUGCUUGUGACAGCAAUUUCACGCUCUUUCGAGACUUGCUACAAGCGACCGAUUCCAGGGGAGAAGGGCUGGACGGUCGUUGGCCUUCAUUGAUGCUUGGUCAGGUUGGGGUACGAAAAGACGACAGACAGGACAGGUAUGAAAACGACGCCAAACGCCUUGCGCUCAUGUGCUUGCGGAGGAUACAGACACGGACAGCCAUUGCAAUUGGAUGA